CUCAUUUUUGCAUCCAAAUAAAAGUAAUUGAAAAAGCCAAGUCCUGCUUAAACUGCUGGGACUUGGGCUAUUUAGGUAGCAAAUAAGAAGUAGUUGAGCAUGGAUUUCGAAACCAUCAGUAUUGAGCAACUGGAGGAAGCAGUGGUUGUCUUUUACCGUUCCACAUCGCAGGAACAGGCAAUCACACACGAAUGGCUGACGAAGGCCGAGGCCAGCCCACAGGCCUGGCAGUUUUCCUGGCAGCUUAUGCAGCUGGGCAAGAGUCAAGAAGUGCAAUUUUUUGGCGCAAUUACACUACACUCAAAGCUGAUGAAGUAUUGGCACGAAGUGCCACCCGAAAACCGUGAGGAGCUGAAACAAAAGAUUUUGGAAACGAUUGUGCAAUUCGCAGGAGGACCCAAACUAGUGCUUAAUCGGCUUUGUCUAUCGUUGAGCGCUUUUAUUGUUCACAUGCUGGAGGAUUGGCCUUGCGCCAUUGAAGAGGUAAUCGAGACGUUCCAAAAUCAACGUAUUCCAAACGUUACCGCCGAUGUACAGCUGUGGAUCAUGCUGGAAGUGCUGCAGGGCAUACCCGAGGAGGCGCAAGUCAUUCAUACCUCCGUAAAACGCGUUACACUGCGCGCUGAGAUAGGCAAGCGUGUGCCGCUCGUGCUGCAGACUGUCGAGGCAUAUUUGAAGCAGCAAAUGAACACAGAAUGGGACACCGAAGGCUACAACAAUAUGGCACGUGCGGUGAAGUGCGUCAGUGUCUGGAUCAGAAGCAUUGGCUACUCAAUUGAGAGCUGCGUCAGCAUCUGUGGCGUGAUGUUGGAGCUAGUGAACAAGUGUUACUGGCCCUGCAUCCGUUCUGGCGUUGGCUGCAUGUCUGCCGACGAAAAUGAACUCGCCGAGACCUGUCUCAAGGCAAUGGUCAGCAUAAUUGUGCAGCCAGAUUGUCACAACUAUCCCAAGACGGCUGCUGUGCUGAUUAAAAUGUUUCUGGAUUCACUAUGCGACAUCACCCAAAGGGAAUGGCGACGGGAUAACGAUAAUGAAGACAUUAUUGUGCACAUCUAUAUGCUGUUUGUGUCUGCCGUGGAACGACAUUCGGCUUUGUUUUUGAGCGGCAUCACGGCCACAGAUCCAGAGUUAUUUGCCAUCUGGUGCCGCAUGGUACAUGAGAUACUGCAGUGCACAGAUAAGCCGGGAAUAUAUCCUGUAGAGGAAUCAUGCAGCACCAUGGCCCUGGCUUUUUGGUAUAUGCUGCAAGGCGAUGUUUUUGCCAUGCCAGACGAGGAAAAGCGCAAGUGCUGGGAGCAUAUAAAACCGCUCUACGCACACUUGACCACUGUCCUGGUUCGUAAAUCCGAGCAGCCCGACGAGAGCUCCAUUGACAAGUGGAACUCCGAUGAUCUGGAAUGUUUCCGUUGCUAUCGUCAGGAUAUUUCCGAUACUUUUAUGUAUUGUUAUGAUGUAUUAGACGACUACAUAUUGGAGAUAUUAGCAGCUAUGCUAGACGAGGCCAUUGCCGAGCUGCAGACGCAUCCCACACACUGGACGAAACUAGAGGCUUGCAUCUACUCAUUUCAGUCGGUCGCCGAGCAUUUUGGCGGCGAGGAGUCUCGCCAGAUACCCAAGCUAAUGCGCGUGCUCUCCGAGAUACCGUAUGAGAAGCUUAACGAGAAGCUACUCGGCACUGCGCUCGAGACAGUUGGCUCCUAUUGUUCGUGGCUAAUGGAUAAUCCCACCUUUAUACCGCCAGCUAUUGAUCUGCUGGUACGCGGUCUCAACUCGACAAUGUCGGCACAGGCAACGCUGGGCCUCAAGGAGCUGUGCCGCGAUUGCCAACUGCAAUUGAAGCCAUACGCGGAACCGCUCCUUGAUGCUUGUCAAGCUACGCUCAGUACAGGCCGCAUGAAGAAUUCGGACUCGGUGCGUCUCAUGUUCAGCAUAGGUAAACUGAUGAGCUUGCUGCCACCGGAGCAAAUACCCAAAUAUCUAGACAUCAUAGUCAGUCCCUGUUUCGAGGAGCUUCAGACUAUUUGCCAGGCGGGCGCCACGACACCUGCAGCACGCAUACGCACAAUAUUCCGUCUCAACAUGAUCUCGACGCUGUUUUCGUCGCUUAACACAGAUGUUGAUGAAGAGCUAAAGGAAGUGCACAAUGUGCAGCCCGUGCUGCUGGUUAUGGAAAAGACGAUGCCAAUUUUUCGGCUCAUUGCCGAGCUGUGGGUGGAGGAACUAGACGUACUAGAGGCUGCCUGCAGCGCUUUAAAGCAUGCCAUUGUUAAUUUGGGAAGCAGCUUUAGGCCAAUGUUGCAGGACUUGUGCUAUUUUAUUGUGGCGAGUUUUCAAACCCGCUGCUGUGCGCCCACUCUAGAGAUAACCAAAACCGCCAUAAUCGUCUUCUUCUCGGAGGAGAGCUGCAAGCCAUUGAUGCAGCAGCUGCUAUUGGAGUUUGUGAAGCACAGUUUUAAAUUGUUUGAAAAUACGCCCCAUGAGAACUUCUCCAACAUAUCCGAUACCAUGGAGAUGUUCUUCGCCUGUCUUACGCAAAUCAUUAAAAAGGUGCCACAAGUGUUGGAGGACAAAACGAUUGCCUACGAUCGUCUUAUUUACUAUGCACAGCGCGCCAUGACGCUACCCGAAAAUGGUCCCAUACGCGCAAGCACACAAUUUGUUACACAAUUUCUGAUGCAAUCGAGGAAUCAUGCGCAUAUGACCGAUGUGGUGCUAGCCUCGGGUGAGCAGAUCCUUCACACGGCCAUGAUUUGUGUGGGCUAUAUGACGCCGCGACAGCAAGUGGAUAAAUUUGCUGAUGUAUUUCUAUCCAUGAACAAAAAGUAUCCGGCCGAAAUGGCUGUUUGGCUAAAGACUGUAAUGUCCGUGCCCAACUUUCCCACUGAGCUCAUCAGCGAGGCCGAAAAGUCGCGUUAUGUUACGCUUAUCAUCAAGGUAAAGUUCAACAAGCGGCUGCUGCAACAACAUCUGACGGAGCUGGCUGGCAAGACACGAGGACUUGUCCCGCUUCAGUCUCCAGCUAAUUGAAGAGGAGAUUGCUCAACUUCAUGGCCAAAUCUCUUAUAUUUUAUCGUCCUGUUCUGUGUAAUUAGAUGUUAAUUGUAAUUAAGGCGCUCUGUAAAUGUUCCUUCCAAUAAGUUGUUUAUUUUUAAUGAUGUCAAAUAUUAUUGCUGUGCUGGGGCAGGCAAAUAUAUUUUAAAUAUAGGUUUAUAAAUAUUUUGCCUGCCCGAACUCAGCUUUAUCUUCUGAAAUGAAUGUGUUAAAAGGCUGUUUCUUGACAUGAUUUAACGUUUAUUCAUAAUUUUACAAAAAUUACACGCUUUUGUUAACGCUUUAUAUGCCUUUUAUUACAAAUUCCUUUUUAUAGGCCAUAUAUCUCAUAAUAUGGUUUUAAUGUUGAUCUUAAAUUGAAAACUUUGAUUUUUUCACCGUUUUCCAGCCUAUGGAAUUUUCCUUAAUUCACUUUCAUUGUUUUCUUUAUUUUUUUAUUGUUCUUUAACCCUUCAUAUGUAUCUAUAAUGCCAAAAAUAUGUAAAUACAUCUCUAUAUAUAAUAUAUAUGUGUCUAUAACUAAAUGAAGCCUUUCAUUUACUUGGCCUGUACAGCACUUGGUAGUGGUAGCAAAAGUUUGAUCAGCUCUUGACUGACUGCUAGAAUAUUUGAAAAUAUUUGUAUUAAGAAUCCGGGCCAUAUACCAGGGUUUAUACGUAUAUAAUAUAUAAUGACUGUUUUGCCUGGCAUCAGUGCCAAUUAAUGACUGUCACGGAUCCAAUAUAUACGUAUGUAAAUAUAUAUUUAAAUAUUUAAUUAUAUAGAAAUAGUAGCUACGACCAGCAAUAGUCCAAGUCUGUUUUUGACCCCGUUUCCAGAGUUAAUGGGGAUGAUAAUGAUCAAGCGAUAUACAUACUAUUCAUGUUGAUGUGGAUGAAGUUGGAGUACUCUCGUGGUUCCAUAUUAAGUGUCGAUGCCCCAACUUACAUAGAAGAAUAUGUUUCAAUGUAAAUUUACCUAAAGGAACAUCUGCUUAUAAAUUAUUUGAAGUCCACAAUUAAGUAAGUAUCUCCUACAGAUUAUGAUGUCUGCGCCUUUUUUUUCUCUCUUUUCAUCAAAUAUAGUGUCUCCUCAAUAUUCAAUACACACACAAAAAAUACAUACAUACAUAAGCACACACAUAAAUAUACAUACCACAUUUGUUUAUAACAAAUUGGAAUACAUAUAUACCAAUAUAUAUCGUAUAUAUUUAAGCAGUUAAUGGUAAGUUAUUCGCAUAUAGUAUAAUAAUUAUCAUUUAUUACGGUUCAGCCGUAUGUAGAGUUUACUGCCUCUAUUGUAUCUGUAUCUGAAUAAAAUAUGAGCCACUGCCUAACGGUAUAGAAAAGUCAAGAAUAUUGCACUAAAUUGAGCAGAUUCUAAUUCAGGAAUAGCUGCUAGGUCUGUCAAAAAUAACUAGCAAUAUUACCAUCUCUUAAAAGAAAACCUAAUGAUAAGAAAUACAUAAAAUAUAGUUUUCGUUCGAAACAAAAUGCUAUAUUUUAUUUAAUAUUAUUAUUUUCCAGGCGAGUUUUUCGACAACUUUUGCAUUUCAAUACUAUAACCAAUAUAUUUAUUUUCCUUUAUGUUAAUUAUUUAAAUUGGUAUUUUAGCCUUUAUAUUUGUUAUAUUGUCAGCAAAAUAUAAAAAAAAAAAUAAUAAUGUCAAUGCGCUCAAAAUUUACCCUUUCUCUUUUCUCAGCAAUAUUUUGUAUACUGUUUAAUAAGCUCGGUGUGAUAUUUAAUUGUCGCUAACUUUACUGUUUGUCAAUAUAAGCUAUUGUGCUUACUGUAGAAUAUAUAAUUCUUAAUUAUUUUUCUUCCUGCAUAGAUUUUUGUAUAUCUCAUAUUAUUGUUUUUGAAGUAAAUUACAAACAGAAAUACAAUGACCAGUGUGGCAAAGUCAUGUUAAAUCGCAUACCUAGGUGUCUAUAUAAUUAUUGACUUUUGUAUACCGUUUCAGAGCACGCAGGAUAUUUGUGUGGAUGACUAUUAUAGCUAUAUCGAAGUAGUAGCACACAUAUGCAUAGUAGUAUGUAUAAAUGGGUAGGUAAUGCUCAAUCAAAGGUGGUAGUUUCUUACGUCUUUAGCUUACGCAAUGUCAAUUCAAAAACUGUACAAAUUUUGACGUAUU